GUACCAAUUAACCUCAAUCCUGAACAGCCUCACCACAACUACCCCACACACAUCCCAUCGAAUUGGGCAACCUCCACGAUCUGAAGUUGCGGCACCCAGCACCCCGCUCCGGGACCUGCCACAUUAAUUCCUGACACUGCAGCACUAUUAUUGGCGGCCGCCCCUGAAUCUCGCAAGCUAUGCCACUUGUCGCAUUUCCGCCCUGCAGCCGCCCGAUAUGACCACCGCUACAGACGGGGCGGCCCGGUUGUCCCAAGAUGAGGACGACCAAGUGUCGGGAUGGCAAGGCGAGCCGGAGUUUUUCUAUGGCGAUUUCAGCCGGUGCAGCCCGCCCGGAGAUCCAGGCCAACGGCCUGCCACUCCUGACACCCCUGCCCGGAGAUCGGGCGUCCACUGGCGCUGGGACUCUACCUACCAAGACUAUGUCCAGCAAAGAGGUGACCAAGUCUUGCUGUACACCGAGUAUCAAAAUCCCAGAGGCUGCUCAGAGCCGCAAGUGGCGCCGGGGCAUAGCUCCGGUGCGAAGGACGAUAUCCAGCGUCAUUCUUCGGCCAUCCCCAACUUUGGGGAUCUCAGUAUCGACGGUGAUGUCGGACCCACCGAGGACCUUGACUGGAGCGCCAGACAAGUAGCCGGCCCACCGAAUGGAGUGCACCCCUCGAUGUACAGCGUACCCUCGAUGCCUCCGCGAACGAUGCCUCGCCCGAUGGCCCGACUUGGGCCCAGUAAGCCCUAUGAAGACGCUCUCGAUCCACGAUUCCGGAUCGUGGACAAGCCCAAGCGCUUCUUCUCCGUGGGGAGGAUCUUCAAAAUGGUCUGGUUUGAGCCCCGCACCCAACACAGCGCGACCACGAGUCCGGGCCUUGACUGGACCGCGGCGUGCCCGCAGUUCCACGAGGAAAAGCCGUGCGCAAAGUUCCGCUUCUUCGUCGUGGCCCGGAGACGGCUCCAUCAUUCCCUGUGUCUCUCCAUCACCACCUUCGUGGGCAAGGGGGCCACAAAGGAGGGCCGGGGCCGAUCGAAGGACUUUGCCGUGCUCUACCCCUUCACCAUUGAGCCCCCCGAGCCGUUCCCGGAGGAGGAGAUAUCGAGGCGGCCGAUUGCUGUGAUUAUAGAAGAGAGCGAGCAGUUUCUUGCGCCGACGGCCCGCCUAGAUUGCGCGCGAAUCUAUACGGUGGAGGAUAACGUCAGGGUGAUGAAGAUUGGGCGAGUCCAUCCGGAGUCUCUCGACGACCUGGAAGCAUAUUAUAGUGAGAGCGUAAGCUAACACAAGAAGAAUAUCAUGCCAAUCUCGAUAUGAGAACAGAAAAUUCAAACUGGUUCUAACUACGAUCGAACCUCUCGCAU